AUGUGCGAUACCGUUUUUCUUAACCAACUACUCCCGCUUCCUCCCGUAUUCAAAAUCUUGCACGCCAACGUUCCUCUCGAUCCUCGGGCUCAUCAAUUUAUAGUAGCCCCCGCUAACGCCAUCCCAUUAGAUUCCCCGUUUAAACCACCUCUUCUCGAUUUAAAUAAUAAUUUCGCGCGCUUACCUACUUUCGACUCGACGCUAUUCUUACCCGAAGCCAGUCCUUGUACAUUCGAUCCUAAUUCACUUUUAUCAUCGAAGAAUCCCUUUCAAUUCUUGAGAUUCGAAUCGAUCCCGGAGAAAAAGAUCCACAAGCCUCAACGAUCUUCUAUCGAUAAACGUCACCUUCACCUGCGCAAAAAAUUGACGAGAGCCAUUAAAAAGGCCCUUCUCGCUACGACUACACUCUCGGAAAAGGACGAAGUAUUUUCUACCGAUCAAUAUCCACGCGAUAAAGAGCCAACUUUAAACAACCUUAUGGAUUACUUUCACAACUCUUACAGGUCCAAUUUCGUGAGGCCUGGAGCUAUGAAUGGCCCAAAUCCGCCUCCUUAUCGUGUAAAUUCUCCUGGUAGACCUACCGGAUUCUAUCCUAACAUUUCUAUGCGUUAUUCCAUGAAUCGCCCUCCUCCUCCCGGCAGGCGCUUUCCGUUUAAUCCUCGAACCAGCAGCCCCAACCCGCGCUAUGGCAAUAGUGUCACUUACAACCCCCAACCCACAAGACCCCCUGCUCAAUUUACUCCCGCAUUUUCUGCCCCGGUAGACCCUGUCUUCGAGGCGGUUAAGGCCGAGGCCGCUAAGAGGGAUCCCAGUCUAUACGGAUUUUUGGCGAAUAAAGCGACGGUCAUGCCUAACAAAAGACUGGAGAAGAAGGCGAAAUACGCUAAAGCUACUAUAAAAUGCGAAGCGUGUAACGCGAAAUUUCUUACUGAAUAUCUCCACGAAGCCCACACCAAAACAGAAAGACACAUUCAGCGGGCCGAAUCUUUUGAAGCCGCUAAACAGGCGGUAGAAGAAGGGAAGAUUGUAAAAAUCGACAAUUGUAAGGUAUCCCAAUUUUACUGCGAGGCCUGCAGCGUUCAUCUCAACUCUGUCGUGCAAUACGAUUUGCACAUUAAAGGUGUCAAGCACAAAAAGAAAGAAAAGGCUAAAAAAUUAGCCGACGCAGUUAAGUCCGAAUAUGCAGAUGCUCCAGCCAAGACAGAAGUUAUGACUUCAUCUACUGCUGACACUACCGACUCUAUAAAUACCAACAAUGGAAACAUUAAAGUAGCCGAUGUCGUGAAUGCUCAAAAAAAGACCGGUAAAAAUACUAAAAGGAAAUCGGGAAAUUGGCAAGAAUACAAAAAUAAUAAAAAGGCCAAGAAAGCGGCGGCUAUAAUUGCUAUGGCUGUGCCGACUAAUAUCUUGCUUAAUGCUAGCACCAUCUCAGAUUCAGACAUAGUGGGUGAUCAAAGCAUGCUAAGUAUUGUCGAGCCAAAUUCUGAGGCAGAAUUAGAUAGCAAAGAGCAAAAAACCGAGAAUGAAGAAACUGCUGCAGAUGAUCCGCUAAAAUCCAUAGACAGCAAGAAAAUGAUGCAAAUAAAUAGCAUUUUCAAUGCACAAUUGUAUCAAAACGUUCAGCAACAACCCUGUUUUUACAAUAGAGCAGGAAGAUUUUUCCAAUGUGCUGUUUGUGGAAUCAGGGUUAAUUCCAGUGUUCAAAUGGAUCAACACAUUAUUAGCAAAAAGCACAAAAGUAAAAUGGCGUUGGUCGCUAGGCAGAUGAGACCCAUGAUGAAUGCUCGAAAUGCCAAACCUCCGAUUCCCCUUUUUCCUAGAGAGAUAAUUUAUACUUAAUUCAAACAAUUUCCUAUGGAAAUCAUACAGACUUGAAUAUCUUGGCAUACCCCUUGUAUUAAUUUGUAAAAAUUCUUUUCUCUUUUUUUUAAUAGGCUUUUCUUAUAUUUAUAAUCUGGCGGCCAUAGUUUUAAACGAUGGGUUUGUAUAUAAGGUGUCAACCUUCUAAGAUUCUCUAUAGUUACUGGAGAGAAAUUUCUCAUAUCAUUAGUUUAUAAUGUUCAAUAUACAUCUUUGUAAAUAAUUCCUUAAUCCUAUACAUAUAUUUUUCUAUGAUAUUUUAUCGUUUUACACCAAAACAUUAUUUUAUUGUAUUAUUAUUAAAAUAAUUUUUUUUUACCUAUUUCGAUUUUAUAUUUCUAAUUUCAAAUGAGUGUAUGAGAAAUUUCUUUAUUGCGAUUAAAUUAUUUUUAUCAAAAUAUGUAGUUACAUUUUUUUAAAUAAAAAUAAUAUU